GGCUGCCCCCGCCCCGGCGAGGCGGGCUGUCCCCGGGAGCCGGGCGGGCAUGUCUCCCGCUCCCAGCCCCGCCGAGCGGGGCGGCCGCCGCCGCCGCCGCCGCCUCUGAAGGGGAGCGGGUGAGCCCCGCCGGCUCCCGGCCAUGCAGCCCCUCCGCGCUCCCCUCGCCCUGCUCUGCCAGGUGCUGGGCGCCUGGGCUGCCUGCGCCCUGGCCCCCGCCGCGGCCGCCGGGCCGCCGGCGCCCCCGCAGCGCGCCCGCUCGCCGCCGGCCCCGACGCCCCUCGCCCCGGGCCGGCGGGCGGCCGCGGCUCUCCCCGGGCGCGGAGCCCUCCCCCGCGGGGCCGACGCCGCGCCCGGCGGAGCGGCGGGGCCGGGCGGUAGCUGCGCGCCCCGCGGGGCGGCGGGGGCCGGCCGGCGGCGGCGGCGGGCGCGGAGCGGCGAGCGCGGAGGAGCAGGCGCGGCGGCGGGCGGCCCCCGCUGGCUGCCGCUGAACGGCUCGGCCGGCGGCGAGGGCAGCGCCGGGGGCCGCGGCAACGCCACGGGGCGCCGCGCCCGCCUCCGCAACCCCUUCUACCCGCUGACCGAGGAGUCGUACGGCGCCUACGCCGUCAUGUGCCUCUCCGUGGUGAUCUUCGGCAUCGGCAUCAUGGGCAACAUGGCAGUGAUGUGCAUCGUCUGCCACAACUACUACAUGCGGAGCAUCUCCAACUCCCUGCUGGCCAACCUGGCCUUCUGGGACUUCCUCAUCGUCUUCUUCUGCCUGCCGCUGGUCAUCUUCCAGGAGCUCACCAAGAAGUGGCUCCUAGAAGACUUCUCCUGCAAAAUCGUCCCGUACAUCGAGGUAGCCUCUCUCGGAGUCACCACGUUCACGCUGUGCGCCCUCUGCAUCGACCGAUUUCGUGCCGCCACCAACGUGCAGAUGUAUUACGAGAUGAUCGAAAACUGCACGUCGACGACGGCCAAGCUGGCCGUCAUCUGGGUGGGCGCGCUGCUGCUGGCCCUGCCGGAGGUUGUGCUGCGCCAGCUGGCGAAGGAGGACCCCCAGUACGGCGGGGAGCGGUGUGUCGUGAAGAUAUCCACCGCGCUGCCCGACACCAUCUACGUGUUGGCUCUCACUUACGACGGGGCAAGGCUCUGGUGGUACUUUGGCUGCUAUUUUUGUUUGCCUACCCUCUUCACCAUUACCUGCUCCCUGGUAACGGCGAGGAAGAUCAGGAGGGCGGAAAAGGCUUGCACAAGGGGGAACAAGCGACAAAUUCAGCUGGAAAGUCAGAUGAACUGCACGGUGGUGGCUUUGACCAUUUUGUAUGGGUUUUGCAUCAUUCCUGAAAACAUUUGCAACAUCGUGACCACCUACAUGUCCACAGGGGUCUCUCAGCAGACUAUGGACCUCCUCCAUCUCAUUAGCCAGUUCCUUUUGUUCUUUAAGUCCUGUGUUACCCCGGUUCUCCUUUUCUGUCUCUGUAAACCUUUCAGCCGGGCCUUUAUGGAGUGUUGCUGUUGCUGCUGUGAUGAAUGUAUCCAGAAGUCUUCAACAGUGACAAGUGAUGACAAUGACAACGAGUACACCACAGAACUGGAGCUCUCCCCUUUCAGUACCAUCCGUCGCGAAAUGUCCACUUUUGCCUCCGUGGGGACUCACUGUUAAUUGACCUUAGGACUUUGUUUCCUGUAUCUUUUUCCUUUUUCUUUUUUUUUUCUUUGUUACUUCAUAUUUUUCUUCUUGAAGCAAAAUGCAAAAAAAAAAAAAAAAAAGAUUAUUGAAAACUACUCUGGAAACCAGUCUGCAUAUUAACAGUCGUGCUUUGGAAAAUAAUUUGUUUGGUUAUUAAAAUGAAACAAAGAGAGGGAAGGAGAGCCAGCACUCAGUUUUAAAUCAAGAUAUUUUGUAUGGUGCUAGGAUUUUAUUGUUUGGGGAGGAGAAUCCAUAUCAAUCCGCUUUUAUUUAAUUCCAUAGUAUUUUUUUGAUAAUCACUGUAAAAUGAUUAUAUAGACAUUGUGGGUUUUGCAAGAUGUUUCAUGUAAAAGAUGUGGUGGAAAGUAUUUGAAGGUAGUUUUAAUCCAAUUACUGUACACUAUUGUGAGAGGACUUGGACUUCAGAAAAUUUAUAAAGUAGCAUAAAUAUAAAUGAGGUUUUAUUCUUUAACUUCAUUAUCAAUCUGCAUUUAACAAGGACACCUAUAAGUAGUAUUAAAUUCCUUUAACAAGUAAAAACAAUCUUUGCUUUGCAUAAAAUAAUUUAAAUGGUUAUAUUUAAUUUACCAUUUGUGUACUUACCCUUGGAGGCUAUAAUUACAGUGUUUAAGGAAGAUGGUUAUAAUGGUAUUAGAUUUACAUGAGUGUUUUUUUUAACGUACAUUACAAAGUUUCAAUGUGCCUCAUUGAAAAUUUCCUUCUUAACCUGCAGGUAUACAAAGCCUGAGUUAUUCUGUACUUCUUGCGAAGAAAGAUUUGCUUUCUCACUAAAUUUUGUCCUGUGUGGUUUCAAAAUCAAGUUUCUUUCCAAUUUGUUAUUGGUUUUACAUUGGCAGUCUCUGUAUAUAUAGCUCCCGCUGGCUUCAGUGAGAGUCCCAUUGCAGGGGAAGGCAUUCUUUUGCCAGAGGUUUGCUGACAAUAAAAUGUGAGGGACUGAAACAUGUGGAGAGUGAAUUCCUUCUUUUUUAAAAGGUAUAAACACACUUGGAUGCUUGGGGCUUGACCCAGAGCCCAUUGCAGUCAAUGGAAAGGUUUCCAUCAAUUUCAGAGGGCUUUGGAUCAGGCUGGCAUCUCCUAUUUAUUCUGGGAUAUGUAACAUGAAUAUUAAUCAUGGGGGCUCUGUAUACCGAUUAUAAAUCAAGCUGCUCUCACAGAGACUGCUAUUCACUAGCAGCUCACAGCUCUGAAGCUGGUUUUGAGAACCAUAGUGUGUUUUGCUGAUGGCUUCUUGCUGUCCGCAGAGUUAUUAAAAUGAGGGUACAUCAACACUGCCAGCAACAGUGCGAUAUAGUAAAAUCUAAAGUUGAUGUAAGCAAGCCAGGUUGGAGACUGGAAAGUGCCUAUCUGUACCAGCAGAGCUUCUUUGCCCCACUUCUUGGCUGAAGUAGGCAGGCUGUUCUUGGCAGGCAAGCUGGCUCAUAUUUACACUGGGCAGCGGGCUGAAGUGUAGACACAUGCUAAGGAACUGAAUUUGUUAUAAUUAGCUUGUAUUUUAAUACUAAUUAAAUAAAUAAUACAAUUGCAAUAGUAUGUGCAGAAGUAAAAUCACAUGCAUUUGUCCUUUGAAGUUAACAGUGAUUGUAAUUGAUGUAGCCUUACUUCCUGAUACCUGCCUCUAAAUAUGUUAAAGACUUUGCUGUAACUUCUGGAAA